AUGUCUUUCACGAGACUCAAAAAGUCCUACAACUUGUGUAAUGAACCAAAUGUGCAGCUUUCAACCCCUCCAAUGGCGGACCAUUUCAUCUUACACCUCUUCUUCCUUAUACCACUUCUCCUUCUCCCCCAUUGCCACUCUCAAUCCCUCCUCACUCUGCAAACCUUCCUUACAACCUUCAAUGCACGAGGUACAAAUAAUUACUGCACCAGUAGCAUUACCAGCAGCGUCGUCAUCAACCUUCCUUCUGCACCGCCAAACUCAUCUGUAACACUCGUCUGCUAUAACAACACCAUCACUCAGCUUCACAUCACUGGGAACAACAACCACUUUCCCCGUGACCAAACCCUCUCAACCAAAUCCUUCUUUUACACCAUAUCCACCAUUUUUCCGAGCUUGAAAGUCCUCUCUUUGGUUUCUCUAGCCUUAAAUGGCCCUCUACCUGCUACUGUUCUUGCCGACACUCUGUCUUCUUUGGAAAUUCUCAACAUCAGUUCCAACCAUUUCCAUGGAAACUUAAGGUUUGAGCUUUCUUACUUGAAGAACCUGCAAACUCUAGUCUUUGAUCACAAUAACUUCUCAGGGGAAGUUCCAGAUUGGCUUGGUUCACUCUCGUCCUUGACUGUUUUGAGCUUCAAGAACAAUUCACUUGAUGGGUUCUUACCGUUCUCACUCUCUCGAUUGGUCUCUCUUCGUGUUCUUGAUCUUUCCUUCAAUCGUUUAUCCGGUGACGUCCCGGUUGAUUUCAAGAACUUGACUAAUCUUCAAGUUCUUAAUCUUGAAGGCAACCAGUUUGGACCCAGUUUUCCAGUUUUGCACAACAGGCUGAUAGUUCUGGUGCUGAGUGGGAACAGAUUCCGCAAUGGCAUUCAAGGGUAUGAUCUUCGUUCCUUUUACCAGCUUCAAAAGCUCGAUCUUUCUUCAAACGAAUUCAGCGGGCCGUUUCCAGAUCUCUUGUUUUCGCUUCCUUCACUUGCGUACCUCAACAUUUCCGGCAACAAGUUCACCGGAAAGUUAUCCAUCAACGUCUCGUGUGGUGACGCCCUCGUGUUCGUGGACUUAUCGUUCAACCGGUUCACCGGAGAGCUGCCGAGUUGUAUGCACUCAUCGGAGUCCAAGACCAUGGAAAAUGACAGAGUUUUGUAUGGAGGGAACUGUCUGUCAAAUGUGGACAAGUCACAGCAGCAUAACGUUUCAUUUUGCCAUAAUGAAGCAUUAGCUGUAAUGAUUAAGCCGCCUGAAAGCGCAAACGACAAUUUGAAGUCGUCGUCGAAGGUUAAAGUAGUCGUUGCUACGAGCGUUGUUGGGGGAGUUGUCGUUGGCGGAGUUGCGGUGGUUGGUGUGGUGUUGGUUGCCAUUAGAGGCAAGUCUUUUGGUGGAGGAUGUGCAGCAACACCUCAAAUUAGGGUCUUACUUGAGAAGGUUUCACCUGCUUAUACCAUCAAAAUGCUCAAGGAUGCAAGAUAUAUUUCAGAGACAAUGAAGUUGGGUUCACUCGGAAUUUCGGCUUAUCGAACUUAUGUUAUGGGGGAGCUGAUUGAGGCCACGAAUAACUUCCAUGUAUCGACACUCGUCGGCUACGGUUCUCAUGGCCAGCUUUACAAAGGGCAGCUCAGCGAUGGCACCAUGGUUGCUAUUAGAAACUUGAAAAUGAGAAAGAGGUGCACCAUCCAAAGCUGUACUCGCCAGAUUGAACUCAUUUCUAAACUCAGACACCCGAACCUGGUCAACCCCAUCGGUCACUGCUUCGACCGCCAGCCAGACGAGUUAGCCAUCAUCCGUGGUGUCUUUCUCGUGUUCGAAUUCGUCCCAAAUGGAACACUCAGAGCCUCCCUCUCCGGUGAACAGAAGCUCUCUUGGGCACAGAGACUUUCAGCUGCUAUCGGGAUUUCGAAAGGGAUUCAGUUUCUAAACACACGGAUCGGUCCAAGAAUAUUCCCGGACAACCUUAAAAUAACAAAUGUUUUGUUGGAUCAAAGUUUCCAUGUGAAGAUCAGUGGUUACAAUCUUCCUUUGCAAGUAGAAACUAAGGUGGCUGCUAGACAACCUUCCUCUGGAAAAAGAUUUGACAUCGAGGAAGAUGAUCAUGAUCAUGACCAUGUCUACGACUUGGGAGUUAUUAUGUUGGAACUCAUCCUCGGAAGGGCGAUAAAUUGCAUCAGCGACACGACUAUUGCAAAAGAUAUGUUACAAGUAAGUUUGGUGGUGGAUGAGGUCGCUCGAAGGAGUAUCGUGGAUCCUUUGAUUCGUAAGGAAUGCUCCAAUGAAUCAUUGAGGAUGCUAAUGGAGCUUUGUCUCGGAUGCCUUUCUAAGGAUCGACGUUCCAUCGACGACGUGUUAUGGAAUCUCGAGUUCAUAGCUCAGGCUCACACAUCAUCCGGGGAAGAUCCAACGAGCAGCCAAAUGACAACGGACGCUACAAUUGUGUGUAUACCUGAAAAAGUUGAAUAAGUUUUGAUCAUCUUUGUAUUCGAAAUAACACCAUUUUCGUGUUCUAUGCGAACGAGUGUGCCACGAUUCAAGUCUUCGAAGGGGAGCACCGAAGGGUUCGCGUGACUGCUCAAUACAGAGGCGUAUUUAAUUAACUGAGGUGUGCAAAAACUAACCCGUAAAACAAUGGUUUCAAAAUUUCCUUCCAAGACAUUCGGUUGUGCAAACAUGUACGAGUUAAAACGUUGAUGCCAUAAUUUUUAUUUUAAGUUGUUA